CUGCUGCUGCUGCCGCCGGCCGGGGCUGCUGCGCGCCUGCCUUGGAGGCCAUGCUGGGCAAAGACUACAUGCUGGCCAUCAUCCUGGUCAACUGCGACGAUAACCUAUGGAACGACCAGAAUCUGGAGGCAGAUCUUGACCUCCCACCAGGAUGGAGAAAAAUCCGGGAUUCCUCAGGGACCUACUAUUGGCAUGUGCCCACAGGCACCACCCAGUGGCAACGCCCAUCAUGCACCACUGGUUUGGCACCCAGUGGGGAUGCUACGCCAAUAAAAACGGACCUCCAGGCUGCUAAAGCAAACCGUGUGCCAAUGGAAGGACCCAUCCCAAGUCCAAUGGCAUCACUUCCCAGAAGGAGAUCAUUGGCAUGGCCAGGGGAGGAACACCAUCAGGUCAGCAUGGAGCCAGGAUCCAAGUGCUUCGUUGUGCGCUCUUUAGGCUGGGUGGAGAUUCCAGAGGAGGACCUGGCCCCUGGCAAAAGCAGCAUUGCGGUGAAUAACUGCAUCCAGCAACUCUCUCAGAGCAAGUGUGAGAGCUGGAACCCUGCGGACAGAUGGGGUGAGGGCCAGAACAUGGUGAUGAUCCUGAAGAAGGACACAAUGAGCUUGGUAGACCCAUUGGACCACAGCCUCCUCCACAGCCAGCCCAUCAUCAACAUCCGCGUCUGGGGGGUAGGCUGCAACAAUGGCAGGGAUUUUGCUUUUGUGGCCAGUGACAAGGACACGUGUAUGCUGAAGUGCCAUGUCUUCCACUGCAACGUGCCUGCCAAGGCCAUUGCCAAGGCACUGCAUGAAAUGUGCUCCAAGAUUAUGGCUGAGCGGGCAGUAGCAAGUAACAGCCUCACUAGAUCUGUCACACUGGAACCUGUGACGCCAGAUGACUUACCGCUGCAAGUUGACAUCCUGGAUGCUGUGAGAGAGUCUGUCCAGAAGUACAACGCUUUGUAUAUUGGCAGCUUACCAGUGUCCAAAGCUAUGGGGAUGGAUGUGCUAAACAAUGCCAUUGAAGACUUGAUGAACAGCCGUAGCCGUGAACAGUGGAUUCCAUCUGUUGUCAGUGUUUCAGAUUCAGUGAUGCAAGCAGAGCAGACUGAGGCUGAGGAUGAAGAUGAUGCCUGCCUUUGGGAAUGCCAGGUUCGCUAUGUGACUUUCAUCGGGAUUGGGAAAGAUGCCCACACGUUUGCACUCAUCACAGACAUGGGUCGGCAGCAUUUCCAGUGCACGGCCUUUUGGUGUGAGCCAGAUGCGGGCAUGAUUUCCGAAGCGGUUCAGGCUGCAUGCAUGGUCCAGUAUCAGAAAUGUUUAGUGGCGUCCACAUCGCGGAUGAGACCGAAAAGUGCUUCCCGUUCCAUCCUGAAGAUGAAAAGGACAGUGUCAGUAGACUCACCAGGGUGCCCGUUUCCUGCAUUGGGGCAACCUCUACAGAAAAACGGCAACGCCACCACUACCCGCAAGAGGGGGGUCUUCUCUUUCUUUGAAGCAUUCCGCCAAAAACCCUUCAUGCUCCACACCCCUUAAGAUGUAAGACGUGGCAUGGAGGAGACAGCAGGCCCCGGUGGCAAACAACAGCAGCCUUCUUGCUGAUGCCCAGGCUCUGGUUGUAAUUAGCAUAAUUCUGUCUAUUGGUUCUUUCACUGAAGCUAAAAGACCCAGCCGAUCCAAGCAGCCAGACUGUAUCCCCUGAGAGAGGGUCCUGGUUAAUUCAGGACUUGCUGUGCAUAGUUUCCUAAUCCUUUGCUAUGUAGAAGGCAUCAGGAGGUGUCAAGGUUGCUUUGGGGUGUAGUAACAAUGCAGCAUGUGAAGGUGUGAGAAUGUUCCCUCUUGGCCUAUGGAGUACCCAAUGCAUCACACAGGCUUUAGAAUGUGCUCCUGCUGCCCAGGGGGGUUCUAUGAGGUAGGACACAGCAGGCAUGUCAGCUUCUUGAUUUUAUGCAGUAAAAGCUAUGGGCGUCUCCCCUCUUCCCUCCUUGGUUGUAGCAUGAAUGCUUGGUAUAUGAAACCUGAAUGCAGCCCCUGGUAGAAGGAAGCAGCCUUUGUAACUCCAAGCAGUUCACGGAGCAGACAUCAAA